UCUAUGCGGUGCUUCAAUAUUCAGCGAUUUCAGCUUUGUUCAAAGUGUAAAUCCCUUUUUGAAAUUAUUUUAAAAAGAAAAUAUUGAAUAAUUCAUUAUCCAUUUAUGAUAUAUAUUAUGUUUUAAGUUUGCCGUACAUUGCUAUUCGAGUGAAGAGCCAUGGAUUCCCUGGGCACAGCACCGGAGGUGACCUAUAAUUGGGUGGACAUUACAAGUGAUUUCUUUAAACACAUACAAGAUCUGCAGUUAGGUGAACUGCUUCAUGAUGGCCACCUCUUUGGACUGUUUGAGGCUAUGUCAGCAAUUGAGAUGAUGGACCCCAAGAUGGACGCCGGCAUCAUGUGCAAUAGAGGCAACCCAAAACCUUUGAAUUUUCAACAGGCGGUAGCAUGUGGCAAGUUGAAAAUUGAUGACUUGGAACCCAGCGAGUUGAUAGGCAUAAUAGAUGCGACCAUGGCUUGUAUUGUAUCCUGGCUGGAGGGACAUUCACUAGCACAAACAGUGUUUACCAAUCUAUACCUUCAUCAGCCGUACUCUAUACCAAAUAAGACAUUGAAGGCAUACUGUGUUGCCGUUUAUAAAUUACUGGACUGCAUCAGGGAAUGUAUUAAUAAAGCCCAAGUAUUUGAAGAAGAGGAUUUCCUUCCAGUUUGCUAUGGUUAUAGAUUAGGGUCUACUCCGCAGUCUGGUAACUCGAAUGACGCAAGUCUAGAUGUCACAGAACAGAAAUGUAUCGCCAUGCUACGAGAACAGGAAGAGGAAUUGAAUAAGAAAGCAAAGAGUAUUGAAGAUGAGGCUAACAACGGCUGGGCAGCUCUAGCCGCUCGAAUAAGGUUCACUAGAAUGUUCUAUCAAGCACUUCUGUUAAUAACGAAACGAGACUCCCAGUCUGGGGCGGAUUGCGUCGCAUUGUUAAAUGGAUGCUCUGAAAUGAUGAAGGUUAUCAUAAAAACCGCUGGGAAAGGAACUCAACCUGUUGAAAAUUCUGACGCACCAAAUCCAAUGGGUUUUGAGCCAAUGAUAAACCAACGCUUACUGCCGCCCACGUUUCCUCGCUACACGAGAAUCAAACCUCGUCCUGAGGCUUUACAAUAUUUUGACGAGCUUGUCACAAGAUUGCGACACGCGUGGAAAAUCACGUCUUGUACUAAUUUUCAUACUGCUUUGGAUUUCUUCAUGGAAUUCAGCCGGCAACGUGCGUGCAUUCUCUCACGAUCAGCGCUACAGUUACUAUACUUGAGUCCAUCCCCCGCUUCUAUGGCGUCCAUGGCUCAAGGUGCUUUGAACACUGGUCCAGUUGGUCAGACGAGACCACAUCAUGUGUUUAUCGAGAUUUUAAGGGAUUCGGUCAAGUGUUUUGUUAAUCCGCCUGCGUUGACCGCUAAAUCUACGUCUGGUGCGCCUCCAGCACGUGAAUUCGUAGAGAAUUUCCUAGCGCGUUGCGUGCGUCCGUUCGCCGUGUUACUGCAAGUGUGCGGCCACAACCGCGCGAGACAACGCGACAAACUCGCCAUGUUGCUUGAUGAGUUCGCGACUUUGCAAGAAGAGGCGGAAAGUGUAGACGCGUUAGUUAGUAGUGCGGCGGGAACUCCGCCGCGUGCGUGCUUCGGCACUUGGAUAUUGUACCACGUGUUGAGAGUUAUGAUCGCUUAUCUAUUGAGUGGCUUGGAGCUUGAAUUGUACAGUGUACAUGAGUACCAUUAUAUAUUUUGGUAUCUAUACGAGUUCCUCUACGGCUGGCUGGUAUCAGCGCUCGGUCGAGCUGAAGGUCUCUCCGGAGAAGCGGGAAGACGAUGCGAAAAGAAAAGUGGCGCCCGAAAGUUGAAGAAACGUGCUCGCCCUUACGCAAGGGAGGGGUUAUUGUGCCAAGUACUGCAAAAUAUGUGUGGAGGGUACUACAAGGCGCUCGUAGCGUUCAAGCUGCAAGGCAAGAUCCGCCAGCCCCAAUCGCAGUUCGACAACGAAGCGGUGCGCUACAAGCACAGGUUCGCGCCGCUCUCCGUGCUCACACCGCCGCAGGUGCACUACCACGAGUUCUGUGAAAUGACACAACCACUACAGUAUGAAAAUCCUGUGAUUUUGUACUUUGGCGGUUGCAAGCAUUUCCAGCAAGCAAGGAAUCUCUUGGAGACUAUCACAACACCUGAUCAAGAGGUCACGGAUCUACUAAAAGUUGCAAAAACUAAUUUCAUAGUUCUAAAGUUAUUAGCAGAUGGCCAUAAGAAAGACUCCACAACUCAACCGGAAUUCGAUUUCUCUGUACAUAGACAUUUUCCUAUUAUCAAAUUGGUUUAAAUAUAUUGUAUUUUAUUUAUAAAAGCUAGUCCUUUAUGUAUGAGAUAUUAUACGCUCAAAUAUACAUGUUUUGCAAGUGUAA